CCGUUGUGCGCACAAGACACACGGGGGUUGAGUAAAGCAGGGAGCCACGUUGACACAAGAAGUGGCUUAUGUAGGUUUUUUUUUCGUGUCCUGGGAAAUAAGGGUCACGUCGACAACUGUGUGUCUGUUCAGGCAGGUCUGCUAAAGCGUCAACAGUCCUGAACGCCACAUCAGCUGCCAGGAUGAGUGUUGGAUUCAUUGGAGCAGGCCAGCUGGCUCAUGCACUUGUGAAAGGUUUCACUGCUGCAGGUGUGAUCGCUGCCCACAGGAUUACAGCCAGCUCCCCAGACACAGACCUGCCCACGGUGACGGGGCUGAGGAAAAUGGGGGUGACGCUGACCACGAGCAACAAGGAGGCGGUUAACAGGAGCGACGUGCUGUUUCUGGCGGUGAAGCCCCACAUCAUCCCCUUCGUCCUGGACGAGAUCGGACCGGACAUCGAGGACCGGCACCUCAUUGUCUCCUGUGCCGCCGGAGUCACCAUCAGCUCCAUAGAGAAGAAGCUGCUCCAGCACCGUCCAGCCCCCAGAGUCAUGAGGUGCAUGACCAACACCCCCGUCGUGGUGCGAGAGGGCGCCACCGUGUACGCCACUGGAACCCAUGCAGAGGUGGAAGAUGGGAAGCUGCUGGAGCAGCUGAUGGCCAGCGUUGGGUUCUGCACGGAGGUGGAGGAGGACCUCAUCGACGCUGUAACCGGACUGAGUGGCAGCGGACCCGCCUAUGCCUUCACAGCCCUGGACGCUCUUGCAGACGGAGGAGUGAAGAUGGGUCUGCCCAGGAGGCUCGCUGUCAGACUGGGAGCUCAGGCUCUGUUGGGAGCGGCUAAGAUGCUGCUGGACUCUGAGCAGCACCCUGGCCAGCUGAAGGACAACGUUUGCUCACCAGGGGGCGCUACCAUCCACGCCCUGCACUUCUUGGAGAGCGGCGGCUUCAGGAGCCUCCUGAUCAACGCCGUGGAGGCUUCCUGCAUCAGGACAAGGGAGCUGCAGUUCCUUGCAGACCAGGAGCGCAUCUCCCCCGCAGCCAUUAAGAAAACCACCCUGGACAAAGUGCUGCAGCAGCCCGGAGUCACCGUCAGCGGAGACGCCAACGGCAGCGGCCGACCGGGCCUCAACCUCUUCAACAAUCGCACGUCUGGGAUCAAAAAGAAGAACUGAAGGCGAAGAGAGGCACACAGAAAGGCAGACAUGUUACAAGUCCACCCAUGUUGGCUCGCAUACGUCUCAAAACUGGACUCAGGACGUCUCUGAAAUCACAAACAAAUCAGCUUUGAGUUAUUUUUCUUUAUUCAUACAUGAGCAAUGAAGAGACACAUUUAACACAGGUGUAUUCUGCACAGGUACAGCCUCUAACCGUGGUUACAGGAUUACUGCACACACGAACACAGGUCCGGUUAGACGCCGGAGACAAACCCGAGGCAUCUUAGCUGUGCACAGUUCUGGUCGAGUCUUCAUAAAGUUAAAGCUCCAUCAUGUGGCAGCUUUUUCUCCAAAUAAUUCAAAGUUCUCACUUGGGUUCGUAAAGCGUUUUCUAAAUAAACAAUGAUGAUCAAAGACCGAACAGUUUUGAUCAUCUGAGGAGUUCUGUCGGGGAUUUUUUUUCAAAACAAAAAAAAACAAACAUGUUUCUGUUGGAUAACAGUAAUUUUAGUUUUCAUUUCAACUCUGAAAACCCAAAGAUACUUUUUACUUUAUAUAUGCAAAUGCUAUGUAAUUACCUGGAAGUGCUACAAUAAAGCUUAAAUAAGCUAUUUUAAAAAUCGUGAUGUAAAGUAGUUACAACUCAUCCAGUCGUCUUCAUUAUGCUUGUAUUCCUACGCUAAACACAGAACCGCUUUAUAAGUUUUGGCAUCUAAGUCUUUAAACUUGUCUGUUGUUUUUAUUUGUCAGUAAUUUUGAUUGCAUUUUGUAUUAUUAAAGUGUGUUUUGACCCUUAAAAGCAGAACUUUUUGUCCCCCAAACAUUCUGUCUCCUGAAAUAAAGGAAAACGGACCCUUAGCAUGAUGCUGCCA